UCAUCUCCGGGCGCCGUACUGGAGUUGGGGUGGGCUUCCAGGGCUCCGCGGCGCUGCGGCUUCUGUGUGCUGGAUAGCGGAGGGCGGAAGUGCAGCCGGGCUUGGCUCCCACCAGCGCGCUGGUGCGGUCUGCGGCUGCGCGGGCCCUGGGGACUCUUGGCUCUCCGGUCUCUGCGGGACAGUGUGUCAAGCCCUGCGCCACCGCCCGUCCACAGCCGGGCGCCCCAUCCUCUUCACCAGUGGGGCAGGCCGGAGGAGGAGCCGGUGUUUCUGUUUGGCUUUGGUUGAAAAAAGAAUUUAGCCUAUAUGUACUGCUUUAACCACUGGAAGAAUGACAGAUGACAAAGACGUGCUUCGAGAUGUGUGGUUUGGACGAAUUCCGACUUGCUUCACCCUGUAUCAGGAUGAGAUAACUGAACGGGAGGCAGAGCCAUAUUAUUUGCUUUUGCCAAGAGUAAGUUAUUUGACGUUGGUAACUGACAAAGUGAAAAAGCACUUUCAGAAGGUUAUGAGACAAGAAGACAUUAGUGAGAUAUGGUUUGAAUAUGAAGGCACACCACUGAAAUGGCAUUAUCCAAUUGGUUUGCUAUUUGAUCUUCUUGCAUCAAGUUCAGCUCUUCCUUGGAACAUCACAGUACAUUUUAAGGGUUUUCCAGAAAAGGAUCUUCUGCACUGUCCAUCUAAGGAUGCAAUUGAAGCUCAUUUUAUGUCUUGUGUGAAAGAAGCUGAUGCUUUAAAGCACAAAAGUCAAGUAAUCAAUGAAAUGCAGAAAAAAGAUCACAAGCAGCUAUGGAUGGGAUUACAUAAUGACAGAUUUGACCAGUUUUGGGCCAUCAAUCGGAAACUCAUGGAAUAUCCUGCAGAAGAAAAUGGAUUUCGUUACAUCCCUUUUAGAAUAUAUCAGACAACGACCGAACGACCUUUCAUUCAGAAGCUUUUUCGUCCCGUGGCUACAGAUGGACAACUGCAUACAUUAGGAGAUCUCCUGAAAGAAGUCUGUCCUUCUGCAGUUGUUCCUGAAGAUGAGGAAAAACAGAACCAAGUGUUGAUUCAUGGAAUUGAGCCGAUGUUGGAAACGCCCCUCCAGUGGCUGAGUGAACAUCUGAGCUAUCCGGAUAAUUUUCUUCAUAUCAGCAUCAUCCCGCAGCCAACAGAUUGAAGGACCGGCUGUUGGCUGGGAUGGAAUCACCUCUCAGCAGGAUGUACCAGAGCAUGUCACCCUUGUGCUUCGGGCAGGCUCGGCGGGGGCAGCCUGACCAGAAACACCGCUUCGAGCCAAACAGGAAAAAGAUUCCCUGUCUGAUAAGGGCACCCGGGCUGGUCUUACUGUGCAUCACCACUGCUUCCCUCCACUGCCGUCAUUCAACCUCAGCUCCAACAUGAAAGACUUUACAGGACCCCUGCAGGUCUGCUGUUUUCUUGUAACAUGUAAUGAAGCCGAAACCUUUGGCCUAAGAAGAAAAUGGAAAUAUGUGCCACUCAAUUUGUAUUUCUGAUUAACAAAUAAACAGGGGUAUUUCCUAAGGUGACCAUGGUUGAACUUUAGCUCUAGGGAGUGGAAACAUUGGUUUAAUUUUCAAGAGAAUUAGACUUAAGAAAGUAAAAGAGAAAUUCUGUUAUCAAUAACUUGCAGCAAUUUUUGUAAAAGAUCAAAUUACAGUAAACCCAUCUUUCCUUAAUGAAAAUUUCCUAUGUUUACAGUCUGUCUAUUGGUAUGCAAACAAUCUUGUAACUUUGAUAAUGAACAGUGAGAGAUUUUUAAAUAAAGCUUCAAAAUAUGUUUUGUCAUUUAAUAACA